AUGUCAACAUCACCAGCUAAAUUUCAAGGCAUUGCAAUCUUAGAUCAUAAAGACUGGAAAAAUCCUAAAAAAGUAGAAUACGAACCUAAGAAAUUCUUAGAUCAUGAUAUCGAUAUUAAGAUUGAAUGUUGUGGGGUUUGUGGUUCUGAUAUCCAUACGGCAAGCGGCCAUUGGGGUGAUAUUACCAAACCAUUAGUUGUCGGUCAUGAAAUCAUUGGUACUGUUGUAAGAUUAGGUGAUAAAUGUACCUCUGGCUUGAAAUUAGGUGACCGUGUUGGUGUUGGUGCACAAGCAUUUUCAUGUUUAGAAUGUGGUCGUUGUAAAUCUGAUAAUGAACCAUAUUGUACUAAAUCCGUUUGGACAUAUAGUACCAAUUAUGAAGAUGGAUACAAUUCUAAAGGUGGGUAUGCGGAUUACAUUAGACUUCAUGAACAUUUCGCAAUCCCAAUUCCAGAAAACAUCCCAUCACAUCUUGCUGCUCCUUUGAUGUGUGGUGGUAUUACUGCAUUUUCUCCACUGUUAAGAAAUGGUUGUGGCCGUGGUAAAAAAGUUGGUAUUAUGGGGAUUGGUGGUAUCGGUCAUAUGGCGUUGAUUUUCGCUAAGGCUAUGGGUGCUGAAGUUUAUGCAAUCUCCAGAACAUCUGCAAAGAAAGAUGAUUCAAUUAAAAUGGGUGCCGACCAUUUUAUAGCGACUAAAGAAGAACCUGAUUGGGCUACUAAAUAUUUUGAUACAUUUGAUUUGAUCGUUGUAUGUUCUAAUUCUUUAACUGACAUCAAUUUUGAUGUAGUCCCAAGGACUAUGAAAGUUGGAGGGAAAAUCGUUUCAAUCUGUGCUCCAGAACAAAACGAAGUUAUAAAUUUGAAACCAUUUGGUCUUUUAGGUGUCUCCAUUUCUAAUAGUGCAUUAGGCGGUAUCAAUGAAAUUAAGCAAAUGCUUGAUUUAGUUUCUAAAAAAGACCUAAAAAUUUGGGUUGAAACUGUGCCAAUUAGUGAAAAAGGUGUUAAAGAAGUAUUUGAAAGAAUGGACAUGGGAGAUGUCAGAUAUAGAUUUACCUUAACUGAUUAUGAUAAGGAAUUUUUCACUUAA